AUGAGGACGGUUUCCUUGCUUGUCACCUGCCUCGUUUUCGCGAGCGUAGUGAGAGCUUCCGAAAUCAAAGAUGAAGGUAAACACUUUUUGUAGUUUAUUCCUCUUUUUGGGUUUUUCAGUCAUAGCCGGUGCGGACGUUUCCAGAUCGAAGGCGUUAAUUCAAGAGCCCAAUGGCCCAAUUUUUGGAGAAAAAAUGACAGAUUUAACCCCUCAAAUGUCUUGAAAAUACUGAGAAAAUUGUUUAGAUUUAAAGGUAGUUGAAUCCUAGGGAUAUUGACUGAGUUUUUCUGAAAGCAAUAUACUUGACACAGAAUUAAUUGAUCUCACUGUGUUGGAAUCUAUGAUCGGAAAAAUUUAGAAAAGACUGAUAACUAUCGGCACAUCACCGGAAUGCUGUGAUAGCAACCUUUAGUUUGGUAAGAUGUUGAAUUGACGAACAGCAGAAAAAGAGGACUGAGAGGAUUCCCUUGAGAAAGGACAAAAUGUUUGUUCAACCUGUGGUUACUACAAUUGAAUUCCUGGGGGGGUUUGGCAAUUUCGGGUGUGAGGGAGGGGGGCUUAGGGAAGUUGUCCAACUAAUGCCCAUUAUUGAAGUUAAGGUUUAUCUCCCUAUACUUCCUACCCUUGCCUCUAUUACACAUUAGCUCCAGCCUACUAAAAAGCCUCAUCGUCAAGGUAUACGUGAUAUAAGCGAUUAACACUACUCGUCAGAAAGGAGUCAGCUUUGUAAAAAUCAUCUUUAAUUUUCAGUGAUGAAUUCUGAGCAGACUUCGUCAAUUUUAUUUAGCCCUAUGAUUCAAUAACGUAUUCCACGGUUGAAAGACAAAUUUUUCUUACAAAGCACAUUUUCAAGCGGAAAGUUGCCUGCGACUUUUCGGAGUGUAGAAAUUAUUUCAGUUUUAAGCAUGUAUCUUCGAUUAAAAGCUCUCCGGUCUUCUAAUAAAUCUAAAGGAGAAGGGGGAUAUGGACCCCCUCACCUUCCCUUUGAUCCUUCACUGUUCCUUUUAUUGUUCUAAUCGAUUCUUAGUUCUUAUAGCUUUUAGAGCUUUCAUAUGAUGAAUUAUUGUACAUUUUUAGUUUUUAAUUCUUAGAAUAUAAUAGGGUCGGGGAUUGCGUACCUGUAAACUAUUGUAGCUGAUUAAGCUACGCGUAAACUGCACUUUAAAUAAAGUAUCUUGUCGUAUCGUAUCCCUUGCCAUCACGAAGAGAUCCGAGGAGAUACAGAUUAUAAUCAUGCAAAGUCCGUUCAAGACGCGGAAUUUUGCCUUCUGGCCAACCUAAAUUUACACAAGUAAAGCUGUUGAUUCAGCAAGCCAAUGUGAGCAGUAGAACAAACUCAAACAUGGAUUGCAGGCAAAAAGAUAGCAAAAUUUCCAAAUGCGUUAAGAUUACUCAGUAUCUCGGACAUUAAAUUUAAUGUUCGGCAAACUGAAUUAAAGCCGUGCAUCAAAGAAAUUAAUCCAUCAUCAAUAUUCUGACUUCCAUCUUGAAAGUAACGAGGAAAGUUCUUUGAAAACGUCACAAACAAGUCGUUAUUCAAGACAGUUGUGUUUUACCCUUGUUAUAGUGACUUACAACCUUCUAGAAUUAGUACCUUUUUUGUUCAAAGUAAUCCGAGCUAAAAGCCACGUAAUAAAGAUUACUAAUUAACUUACUAAUUGUAGGUGCGUCUUUGGUAAUUGCAGGAUGGCGAUAGGGUUUAACCAAUAAGCAUUUUUUCCGCUUUGAGAUACAAUGGCCCCAUAAGAGUUAUGUUUAAUAACAUGCCUGAGGGGUCUAGAAGUUCCGCUUUGAGAGAAAAGAUUCAGUUAGGCACAGCAAGUUUAACGCACGUAGGACGCUAUAUGCUUGAUGACAGCGACAGUCAGUGGCCUUCGAUAAAGUAAUACAUUAUGAUUACAAAGCUUAAAAACUCUUUAUCCAGUGCGAUCGAAUUCAUACAAACUUUUCCACCGUCACACAAUCGAGACUGCAAGUUAUCCCUUUACUCCCUCGUAUGAUCAGAUGUUCCAUUUGCGUUUAAAAAUAACAAAUCAGUCACGCCAAAAGGAACCGAUGCGACGCUUUUAUUGGUGUGCUGUAAGAUGGCACGGAAAGUUAAAAUUCAAUUUUCUAAUUUGAAGAUUGUGAAAAAAGAAUAAAGGAAGAAAAAACAAUGACUACUGUCAGUAAUUUUUAGAACUUUACAUACAUUCUUACUGUGCUAAGCCCCACUGAACAAGACAAGCGAGACCCUUCUCUCUCAACUCUAACCGUUGUGGCUUUUUUACCACAGCAACUGAAUUUGUUCGUUUUUUCUGUAACUAGUAGGCCAAGUUCCUGAAUAGGCUGUUUAAAUUCAAACCAACUGGAGUGAAUAUUUCAGCGUUGUAAAAGGACACAUGCUUUCUAGGAUAAACUUAAAAUUAUUACUGUUUUUUUGCUGUUUAUUUCAGUCGGCAAAAAGCUAAGCGGAAUAUUUUGUGCCCCGAGGGAGCUAACUACCAAUUAAACGCUUUCGUAAGAACUCUUAUUGUUUUACUCUAAACAAAAAGAAAAAACUUUUAACUCCUAGAAAUGGCCCAUUUCGAUAUCUUAAAAAUCUUGGCUCCGAGGAUUUAAACUUAAAUAAAACAAUAGAAAUCACAUUAAGGUUUAGGGACAGGGUUAGAUACAUUAUGCUAAAAAAUUUGAGCAUUAUACUUUUGAGCGUCACCCUCAAAACAACAGCCUUAUGCUUGCCUAAAAUUAUGCCCGAAAAGUUAAGCCUUAUGCUCGACUGAUCCUCGCUGUAUUUGAUUCCCUUUUCCAUCCACGCAGAUAUGAAUACAUUCUAUUGCAUCAGUUACUUCAACAAAUUUCGAACUGGCACAGCCAUGAUGGAUAGACAAUUGGGCAGUCUUGGCACCCUAACAAAAUGACGCUACGGUGCAACAAGCUAGACAUUAAAAGUAGCAAUCUAACCUUUAAUUAUGUUAAUCCUCACUAAAAGCACUUGGAAGUCAAAACUUCUCAGUACAGAUAUGGAAAUUAUUGUCUUUAUGCUGAAAAAAAAAAUGGCCGCCGUUAUGCCGGCAUUAUGCUCGAUGCUCCGUCUAUAGCAUUAUGCCCAAAAUUAUGCCGGCAUAAUGCAUCUAACCCUUUUCAGGGAUAAAUAUAUAAACCGUUUCUUUGAGAAGAGCCGGAGAGCAUAUCUGUUGUUUUCGACUGAGUUUCGUGAUCCACUGCUCUUGGAUCCUCUUGCCAGUGUGAUGACGUUAAAUAGCUGACAGGUGAUGGCUUAAGAUUUUUUAAAGUGUUUUAUUCCCCUAAACCUAGGGGUCUUUGGAUAAGGAAGAAGACUUAUGUAGCCCAGGUUGAUUUCCUGUAGCAAAGCAGCUAAAAAAGAUCUUGAAUUGAUUGGCAGUAAUUUAUUUGGUUCUAGUAAUUCUCCCACAAAGUAAAGUUUUACGUCAAUUUAAUGUUAAAGACUCACUAAGAUUAAGGCAGGUUUUCUCCUCAUGUUGCGAAGUGUUUUUGCUGCUGACGUUCAGCUAUUUAUCGACACUUGCUGAGCAUCUCAGAAAUCCACUCGAAGGUUUGACGAUUUCAAGGGAAGAGAAGAAAGAGAGAGAAGAUGGUACAAGAUGUGUGGAUAAUAAAUAGCAAGCCCGGCUAAAAAAGAAACAGGCAUACACCCCUAAUGUCCAUCCGCCCUUAUUCCUCCAGAAAAAUUGAUGAACAUUUACGAUGUAAGGCUUGCAAAAUUUAAAUGUCACUGGCACCGUCAAAGAGGCGGACCUGAGGCAGACUUCCAGCGACUUUGUGGAAGUGUGGAAUUAAGGUUAAAGCCGACUAUGGCUCCAUGAUUUUCAUCUAGAAAUUAGCUAGAAAUUAGUAUGUGUAAUCAAAUGAUGACAAGUGAAAUUAAGGAACAUUCUCACACGCGUUUUGUAGAAAUUAUUAGAAUUUCACAAGUUAAGUUUACCAUUUUAUUACACAUACUUAUUUCUCGCCAAUUUCUAGAUGCCAAAAGACAUCGUUUGGUCAAUAAAAAGCUGCCCGCAGAAGAAAUCAUGGCACAACACCUCUUAGAAUCUUUCUUGAGAUGUGUUUUUUUUUUUUUGGUGCGUUCAUUUAGGUUUUCUAAAGCAUGUUGUAAUGCCCUGAUCUUCAUUCACAACAUCGUAAACGCCAUCUUGAAACGUUGCCAUAGCAAACUUGCGCCAAAUUUUUAAGUUGUCACGUCCUUGAUAUUAAUCCAGAAAUUGAAAUCAAACUACAGACUUCACCUUACAAUUUUUUAAAUUUAUUUAUUUUUUUAUUUUAUUAUAUUACAGAUUUGAAUAAUAUUAUUCUUAAGAUUUAAAAGGCGGAUUAAAAGAAUAAAUGGAGAAGGGCAAGAUAUCAGUGCAACUAAUUACAUGCCCUUUGAUUAAAUUACAGUUUUAUCUAGGAUACCAGAAAAAAAAAAAGAGAAGUAUAUAAAGUUCGAAAUAUAUAAGAAGGAGGAAAGAGGAAAAUACUCACAAAAAUUAUAGAACAUACGAGGGUCGGUGUGGCGAUGAUUAUUACUGAGCAUGCAAGAUAAUAAUAACUACCUUACAAUUACGUUGUCUACUUACAACUGAUUGUUGUUUUGUUCAAGAUCCCACUGUAACUGUUGAUGGACAACCGGCUCCAGGAGAUGCACCAGGUCAGUAAGAAUCGUAUACCAUUAUGCUAUUGCACGAAGAAAAGACCGCGACAGUUAUGAUCGGAGAAUAAUACUAGCCCAGGGUUCGGUUUCCGAAAGGCCGAUUAGCGCUAAUCCAGAAUCAGUACAGUAAAAUUUGUUCUACUUUUUGUAUUUACCUUGCUAUACAUUGCUUAGAGUAAGAUUUUGUGUUAUCAUUACUGUAUCUCAGAGUAAAGGCUCUCCAGUGUUUUGCAAGCUUGAGUUAUAUGUUCUUAGACAAGAAAACCGUGCUUAAAAUUUAGCUUAAUCUUAGGGUAAACAUAACCAUCUUUCAAGGAACCGGGCCCUUGUGUUGAUGACUACUUUAUAGUAAUUUACCGCCUUGCUUCCGAUGGCCAAGUUUUUCAUAAUAUGGAGGUUAAACACCCUUUUUAAUACUGCAAACGGCUCUCCUCGGUUUGCUGUUUGACACCGGUAAUCAUCCAGAGACGGUCUUGUGCUACCCCAAACGGAGUGAAAACUCAGAGCUCUUUGUCAGUGGGCAGAGGUGAAGAAUACUUUUUUAUAGUAGAAACUCGGCUUUCUGUGAGCUGAAAUGUGAUCAACUCGACUUCCAUUUCAGUCAAGUGCAACAUGAAAUAAAACAGCAUUCAGCAUACUGAGUUUUAAUGCUCAUGAGGCAAACGAGCAGCCAGUUAUAAAACGUUUUUUUUAUGAACGAGAAAGCCAACUUCUUUACCUUUAAAACGAUUGCCACAAACUCGAGAAAUAACGAGAAAAAAGCAAGUGUGGUCAUCUGCUGUUAGCCGUAAAAGUGGCGCUUGACUAAACGCUCUAUUUUGGCUACCGUCUUUAUAUCGCUAAACACUGAAAACGGUUUGCUCUUCCCGACAUGUUGUUUUUCGGUAAGAGCUGCAAAAUUGCUGGAUAAUUUUUUGGGGGUUAAAAAGUUAUUGCUAAUCAUCGUGAUGACGUACAUAAGAAUAACAGAAAUAACGUAUUCCAUCGCUGAUUUUAGCAAAAUUAGACAGCAAAAAUAAAUAACAGAUUUAACACAAACUGAUUAAAUUACGUUAAGAAACUAACCAGGCAAUUUUGCAAAUUUACGAAUUAAUUCCACCGUCAAUCAAAUAAUUUGAUUCAAAAUUUUUCAAAUAUUAGAAAUAAAUUAGAAAUUAUAGAUUCAUUAUUUCCUAAAUCAAAGGCAUGAGCCUUAAAAGCAGUAUUCAUUCCAUGCAUUAACACUCCAAUCACACUUACAAAAAAGAGCAGCAGGCUUUGCCUGAGCCUAAUAUCUAAAUAUUAUUUUCUUCAUAUAUCCAGCAAAAGAUACUAAAAGGCAGGAAGAUGAGCUGUUGGAAGAAAAAGGAAAUGAGGAGCCUCUUGCUAAAACUACUGGUGACGAGAAAGCUCCAGCAAAGAGAAAUGGUAAGUUCAAAGAGCCAAUAAUGCACUGUUUGUCUAAAACAUCAUGGAGUGGUUUAACCCUUUCAAUGCGAGAGUGCUUGAUGAAAUUUUUUAAGGUGACUCUAACUUUUGAGUAUGAGGACGAAAUCCUAUGAUGUGAAAGCUCUCUGCCUAUACUUACACAUGGUGCUAUUUGUUUAAUAUGUAGUUCUAACUUUUGAGUCUGCAGGCCAAAUCCUAUGAUGUGACCAUUCAAAUGAAAGCUCUCUGCCUGUACUUACAUGUGGUGCUAUUUGUUUUUCAAAAUUUCACAAAAUGGAAUUUGGAAAUUUGGUCGAAAUUUGCUUUUGGCUAAAUUUGACAGUGAAAGGGUUAAAGGGGUUAUGUUAUAGGGCAAAAAGCUGUUUUAGGUCAAUUCUGUGCCUAAGUCAUUACUUAAUAAUGCAUUUACCCAUACACAGAUUAAUAGUACUCCUGUGGAGAGUUAUGAAGAGGUUAUCAAACAAUUUCAUAGGAAGCUUUAACCAUGGUGAUGUUCCAGGAUAGCGCUCAUUUAAACUUGAAAAAAGUGGCCCAAUUUUUUCAAUGCCCAUCCUUGACUUCUAACGGACGGCAGGAAUAUGUCCGGAAUUCAAUUGAUGUGAAAACGUGUUUUAGCUUUUUAAAAAGACAGCAAAUAGCGUGACAAAUAGCUCCUUUAAGGAACAGUUUACACAGUCAAGGCUCUAAAUAUUUUCUGGUUGACGUGAUAUAGUGAGUUACUACUUGUACCAGGGUAGAACCAGUACUUGCAUUGAUGUAUGUUUGAGUAUACUCAUGUAUAGGUGCAGACUAAAAAAUCAUGCACUCAAAUCCUCCAUAACCACUGUGGAACAAGUACACAGGAUUCUACCAGGACGCUGUUAAAAUGCCAAAGAAAGAAAGUGCAUGCAUAGUGUUGAAUCCUGGCCUCAAGAAAAAUUGUUGCAAAAAUUUAAAGGACAGUAAACGGCGUUGUAUUGCAUGUACGGUAUUUUCCGGUACAGUACUGUGCUGUAUGAAUUGCAUUGUAUUGUUCUGAAAUUUGUGUUCUGAACGAUGCAUGUGGAAUCUGAUAUUCCAUGAGAAAUUUUCUUUGUGGCUCACUGUUUUUCUUCACAUCCCUUAACUAAUAAAUCAAAUACUACCAUGAAUUAAAUGUCACAGAAAUGUCACCUAUUGAUUUUCUUUACCAAGAUAAAAAGAAUCUCGUCAAUGGCGAGGACCUUAAAUCAGAAGAUUUGGAAGAAGAAUCUACAGUCACUGUUGAUGGAUUACCAUCUGGUUUAUCUGAAGAUGAGAUGGAUGAACCCUCCGAAGAUUCCGGACCUUGGGGUAAAACAAAAAAAAAAUCGUUUUUCCAUUUCUUUGUUUUGUUUACAAUACUUUACCUUACCUAUAUCAUUCCGCUAUGAGUUGCGCAUAAGGCCUCGAUUCACACCUUGACGUUUAUCUUAGUUUCCGUAAUGACAUUUAUUUUUACAAGAAAAGGUACUACUACUACUACUGCUGCUGCAGCUGCUGCUAUCAAGUAAGGCCAGAAUCGCUUGAGACUUUUCAACCCGCAUCCAGCAAGGUGAAAAACGAAAACGAUGCCAUUCGAAAUCGGAUUUCGGACUUUGACAAGCGACGCAUUUCUCUACCAAAAAACCGAUAAACAAACUAGCCAUGAAUAACAGAAGACUCUUGAUAGCAGCUGUAUUUCAUUUUGUACAUCCAGUGGAAAAAAUUAAGGCAGGUAAAAACAUCACAAGUUGACACAAAACUCUGUCAGCUUCAGCUGUCAAAGUAAACAAGUUUCAAGAUGCUGCAUAAAUUUUCUGCAUUAACUCACCUGUCAAAUUUUGACCAAUCAGAGCAUAAAAAUUGGACGUAGAGCGUGCCAAACGCGUGACCUUGGUAAGAAAAGGUCUUCCCCGCCUGUAUUUCUAAAUAACUGGCUCAAUUUUCACGUCCGAGAUUAGUUUGAAAUCAAAAUCUUAAUAGUGCGGGGCCAUAGUGACACAACACAACAUAUUUCCUAUGAAUUUUUUUAAAAAAAUAAACUUGAGCCCGCGAUCGUUUGAAAACUAGUAACUUCUCAGCGGAGCUCCGCCCCCGGAGCGCGCGCGUGCGGCUCCGCUACAACUACAGUGUAAGAUGAUCAUGCACUCAAACGAAAUCGAUAUUUCUUUCUUAAGUGUUCCUGCUGUCUUAAAUGAAAAUCCUACGGUUAAAAAAAAAAAACAAAAAAACAAUGUUACGCUGAAACUUAUGCUGGCAUAGUUUGGGCCGUCCAAGGAAUGUCUUGGGCAGACAAAACGAUAGACCCUAAUCAGAGCAACGUACAUUCCCCUCAUGUGGUGUCGACACUCACAAUACGCCCUUCUUUCAACUUCAGAUAAAGAUCAUUAAGCGAAUAUCCAUCUCCACUGCUCGAAAGAGCGCCUUUAAAUUAUUAAAUUUACCAAGUAGAAGGUGAUACGUCCUAAGUAAGCGAGAAUGUUGCUCCACAAAGUCAUGUAGUUUUACGGAAGUUUGUUUGGUGGGAGCACGAAAUGAGCCUCCACAAUGUUAACGCGGUCUGCAAAAUUCCACAAAGGAGAGGAACUUUACAGAUUUUAACGCGUCUUUCCAGCCGUGUUGAUGGUAACUUGAAUUGUCCCUCUAAAAAGGAGCAAGAAACCGUGAAACAAAUUUACAGACGAACAAAAUAUUUUGACUGAUAAAAAAUGUUCAGUAUGAGAUAUAAAGUGGCUUAAUCUGCAUUUUACUUACAGUGGAACCAAUCACACUUCAAGGGUUCCACUUAGGGCCCCUUAUCGGUAUAUUUUACUAUUACUGGGACGAAUGUUAUGAUUCGAUCUACCAAGAACUUCCUUUUAUUGAGGAAAGUUAAAUCCAGUUUUCACUGUAAUUAAAAUAUAGUGUUACUUAAGCAGUUAUAGAUACUUGUAAAAGUUACUUAACUAUAUGAAAAAGCGUUUGAAAUAGUCCCAGGAUACAUUUACAAUGAUAAUUAACCAUGCUGUUAACCAUAUAUUACCUCAUUUCUAGUAUGGAAAAAACAUCCCUUUAGCUGGUGUACAAUUGGAGGGCGAAAAUUUUUGAGCGGAAGGAAAGGUGUACCACAAACCUUCGCGCAGUGUGCCAGCGAAUGUAACAAAACACGAGGAUGCCAUGCGAUUGAAAUGUGGUUUGCUUAUAACUGGAACUGUUACUGGUGUACGAAACCAGAAUUGAUCAGACCUUACACCAACAAACGUGAUCUGGCCUACCCUGUACAUGUUUGGACACGAGGUAAGUGUUAUCGAUCAUUAGGGAUAUUAAGCUAAGACUUUUAGAGCGAUGCACGUCAACCGAAAGAGAACUUUUUGCAUCCCUGGGCAGUCGUCCCGGGGCAGGGGGUCCUCUCUAUGAUGGCCUGUACUGGGAGGCUCCGCUCGAAAGGGGUAUCUUUUUCAGGCUUCAGGUAUAUGAAAGGGUAGAGAUUUCACUAGUUGACGCAUAGUGUAGGGAAAUCUGACAUUUGGGUCUUUGAAAGGGCCCAAAAGGGCUAACAAAUGAAUUUUAUGGCUUUGUAAAGUCGAUUAAACGUUCUAUUUUUGUGCUUGAUUCCUAUUUAAAAGACAGUGCAGUUAAAAGGGGUGCAAACUUCUAAACAAGGCAUGUGAAAGGGAGACCUUUGUCAAUAGAAGGUAUACAAAAGGGCUACCUUUUUCGUGAAAAAUGGUAUAUAAAAGGGUAAGGAGUUUGACCUUAGGGCGGAGCGUCCCGAAUAAAAUUUGUUGAGUCCAACCACCCCCCCCCCGCCCCCCACGACGGGCAGUGUGGUUCUACCCACAUGUUUGAGCAAAUUAGCUCAAAUUGUCUUUAUAAGCGCAAAGGCACUUCCGGUUAGCAAUACAAUUUUUUUAGUGUCAAGACAAAUUAAAAGGGAAAAGGACUUUCUUCCUGUUGACGUACGCAUGCGUCGCUCAAAACCUCUUGCGUAAACUCCCUAUUAUAAAAACAACAAUUAAGAGUGCACUAUUAUUCGUUCUCUGAAAGUAAGCCUUUGAUUAUAAAGCCUGAGAAUUAAACUUGCUUAAAUUUUCUGUUGUAACUAGUUUUGUUGCUUUUUUGCUUCUAUUGUUUGUUUGUUUGCUUUUUAUUCAAUUUACUAUUGAUUUCAUGAUCGUCUGUCGGUGAUUUUUAGAUCAUGCAAAUUGAAAGUUGAAAUUGCCCCACUUCAAACGAAGAGCAAAAAUUGUAUACAAAUAUAUAAUGCAUAAUCAGUCCAAUCUAUGUGUUGUCAAAGGAUCAUACUUUAAACCUUGAUGAAAUGAACAAAAACUGAUUAUCUCUCUCUCUGACUCUUUUUUCCAUGCAGUUAAAAAACCACCCCCAGGUAUGUGCAAUUCCUUUUAUACCUUUAAGUAUCUUCCUCUUUCUUCUUCUUAAGGCUAAACUCGUUUUGUUCAUGAGAUACACAUGUCCUUACGUUGUGAAUAAAUAACGGUGAUAGGACUGAGUGUCCAAUUGGAUCUCUAAUCAUACGAGUUUUACGCGGGCGUCCGAUUUGUUUAAUCUGAGAUAAGUCCCUUAUUCUUAACCUAACCAUUUUUAAUAACAGCUGAGUUUGAGUACACAUCAAUCUAAAAAAUUCAUGAAAUAAAAAAAAGGUCUAAUAAUACUGCAACUUAUCGCGAGUAUGACUACAGACUGAAUUGGACGAUAACAAAAUUUGUAAUAUUUUAGGUUUUCUUAGCUUAAAACACAAGAAAUUCCGAGAGUUUUUUUUUGCUGGCAGUGAAAAAUAGCCAUUCAAGUGCGCGCGUGCGAUGGCUCAUACUGUCCAAUUACUUUGGCAUCACGUGCACAGUCCUAUUAGUGCUGAAUUCAGGAAAGUUGAUAGCCAAUCAGAGUUGCAACUUUUCUUACAGUUAUGAUUAAUGCGAUAGUCAGCGUUUCACGGUCGAGAAACAAAAAAAUGUGGCAUUGCGUAAUUAUGGACCAAGUGUGAGGCUUCAACAUGGCUGAAUAUUGACCUAGAUUUUUGCGUUUUUAUUAACUGUGACGAAGUUGAGGUCAAUGAAAACGCCAAAAAUAGAACGAGCCACCUUGAUCCAUCAAGCUUGGUCAUCGAGGGUUGCUCUGGUAAUUGGUCAUUAGCGGCAAUUGAGCAUUAGGCAUUUGGGCAUUCAGAACUCACUGACUGCUAUGUUUUACUUGAGUGACGACCAGUGCACAGUUGUCCAAUGCCCAAAGCAAUCUUUAUUGAAUCAGGUGUUUAACCACCAGAAAAUUGGGCCUGUGCUCUAUCCACUGACCAUGAGCUUAAUUAAGCAGACGGCUCUUAGGAGCACGGUCACGUACUACCGUUGUAUGUUGAACACAUGUUCUGCAAACUGCUAGUAUCGGCAGCGUCGAGAGCGUACUUUGUGAAAUAAAUAAAAGAGAGGCUUGAGGCUUGCUAACUAAAUGUAAUUGAGCUUGAAAUUAAUCAUUUUUCUUUAUUUAUUAUGUCAAAAUGUUGCACGAAGCAUUAUAAAGUGACCAAAAUCAAACUCACAACUAAGAAAGCCGUUUGCUUUUUCGAUUAACACCACCUUCUGUCAAGACAACUUGUUUUACUGUUUCUGAACGCGAAACCCUUUGGUGUCUUUACAAGUAACCUUUCUUACUAAACAUAUAAAUAAGCCUAAAUAAAGAAGAAAACACAAGACAUAGUUGCGUGUUUCUUCCCGCUACUUCCUGUCGACUUUUCCGAAAAACCGCUUCCAAACUGCUUCACAACAAAACAGGGUCCAGUCAAGGCUUCUUUGUUUGUUGUGAAGCGCAAUUGGACAGCAAUGGAAAUGGCGAAGUUUAGAAAUAACUGUUGUUAUUAUUAUUAUUAUUAUUAUGCAUAUAUCAGCACAGUAAUAGAUACUAUUGGCAGAUGGCGUGACAGCCUUAGCUCCAUGUUUGAUACUCUCAUAAAGCACGCGUUUUAAACCAAUCAGAGUGAGCGUUAUAUCUGAAUUUAUUAUAAAUUCGAUUUAGUUUUCCCUUCUAACCCAUAAACUGAUCUUUGUAGCGGUCAAUGUCACCUGUGAACAGAACGAAAUGUCGAUCAGCCUUCCAAAGGCUCUUCUUAAGGGUUUGGACAGAGAGCAUCUUCGCCUCCGUGAUUUGAGCUGCGGAGCCACGGAAACCAGUACUCACUUCAUUCUUAGCACAAAUCUCACUGGAUGUGACACAGUCAAACGACACACCAAGGGCUUUGUCUGCUACAUGAACAAGGUGGAGGAGAUUCCCAUCAAGCCAGGUCAGAUCAUCACACGAAUUCGGGAAGUGGAAAUCCCCUUCGCCUGUUACUACUCCAACAUGGGAGUCGUAUCCGCCGUUGGCCUUCAAGUCAAAAGCAAGAAAAUCGUCUUUUCGGAGAAAGGAUUUGGAAAAUUCGUACUGGUACUGGAUAUUUUUCCUACUCCUAGAUUCGAACUCCCGUACAAGAAAAAGGACUUCCCGAUUGUGGUACCGCUGAGGAAGAUACUGUAUGUGAAAGUCAGCGUUGAUACAGAAGACGAGAGGCUUCGCGUCCUGGCAGUAGAUUGCUGGGCUACACCAGACCCUAACCCUUUCAGCAGGGGAUUGAGAUACGACCUCAUUAAGGAUGGGUAAUCAUAUUUUCAUCUUGAUGUAUAUAACUGCAACUUGUAAGUGACGAGGAAGUGAGCGAGCGUCCCCAAUUGCUUUUGGGAUCGUUACUGAAGACGCGCCGGUCUGCUAUUGGCCAAUAAGUCUUAGCGAAAGUUAACUCGUCCCAGUUUGCUUCUCUUGAGCAGCAAACGCAAACACUUUAGUUUCGAUGGCAAUUAAACUGCCCACCUAACCCUCCCCUAAGCCAACAUUUUACCCUAAGUGAGAAGGAAGUGUUAAUGUUGGCAUAGGGGAGGGGUAGGUGGGCAGUACGGCCCAGAAACGUAUAAUAAUACCAAAUAUCAAGGUUAUAAAUCCCAACUGGUAGGAGGCCGGCCAGUUGGCUAUUUACAAGCGUGGCUGGGGAUUUGAACUCGGGGCGAUCCUGAACAAAGGCCAGCUAGCGGUUAGGCGCCAGUUGUCCGAAAGGUGGAUAGCGCUAUCCACUGGAUAAAUCACUAUCAACUGGAUAGCGCAAUUGGUUUCCCUAAUAAUUAUCCGAUAGAUAGCGCUAUCCAUCUUUUGAACAACCAGGGCCAGGGCGGAACUUGAACUCGGGGCCUCCUGAUUACACGUCCAGUGCUCUAAGCACUCGGGUGACGCUGCCUUAGAAAACUUGUGAGUCUUGUGUUUUUCUGUCUGUUUUAGAUGUGCAGUAGAUAAUACCGUAAUGGACAUUCGAACAUUGGACAAGCGUAUGCAGAAAUUCAAAUUUGAGGCCUUCAGUUUUAUAGGUGACAAUCAGUUCGUCUACCUGCACUGUAAGGUCUUGAUUUGUAACGCAACCGAUCCUAACUCACGUUGUGCGCAGGGCUGCGUUCAACGAAAAAGGAGGGCCGUGGCAACUCAAGUAUCCAAGGACGAGGAAGUACACGUGUCUCAGGGACCAUUCAUGCGUGGAGAUGACGAAGAAGAAACGAAAGUAGAGGAAACAGUGAAAGACAUGAGUGAUACAGAAAAAAGUGGUGAGUUUAUUAAUCGUGAAUUCAAUGUUUGUUGUUCGUCUCACGACGGUCACCUUGACAUUUAUCACGGCAAUUGGACUGCUAGUACUGGUUUACGAAUGGCGUCUUCGAUUCGACAAUAUUUGUUAGUCUGUUCCGCAGGCGUUGUUUGUGUCGUCACGUUUGGUCACGUCAUGUUUGUAGGGAGGAGCGUUGCGUGAUAGCGACUGAUGAGGCAGUUCAACAUUACCGUAAACUUCUGCUUAUAAGCCCUGGAUUUAUACAACUUUGUAAGGGGUAUUAAGAGGGCUUAUAAACGGAGAGGUCUAUAACCGGACUAAAAAAAGCGCUUCAAAACAAGCUACAUAAUUAGUGCUUAUCAAAAUAGUAUUUAAAUUUACUUGCUUUUUUAGCUUUUCAAAAAAAUUGAUUUCAUUUCAAUACAAGCCGCCGGUGGGCCCGAAUCCAGGGGCCUUAUAAAAGAAUGUAUUUUUUUGUUUACAGGUAAAUAGGCCUACAACUGGGGUGGGUUGUAGGUUUACGAUAAGUACAAUAAUCAUCACCAAAAUGUCAAAGUUUUUUGAUAGCAACUUCCACCUAGGUGCCGCAACUUUCGUCACCUGUAUCAUCCGUUGUAUUCAGGACUAAAAACACCUAUUCCACCGUGUCCACUCGUGACAUCAGUUAUAUUCGGGAUUCAAACGAUUAACUGUACAAUAUUGUACUCUUACAGGUACGUUUCCUACCUUGGUCGCUGCCAUGGCUGUGGUUGCUGCCGUUUGCGUCAUGGGUGUGUCUUAUUUCGCAUGGAACAGUAGGAAGCGAGGAGCUGUGCGUGAUUACCAGCGACUCACUGUUACCGCUGAAGACUAGAAAUCUCAUUUUUGUUUGAAUUCUGUAAUGUUAUACGUGAUAGGAUAGGAGAUUUUCUGUGAUUAAUUGAGGAACUCAACAAAUACAAUGUAGUCUUAUUGGCAAGUGUUUGUGGUUAGCCAGGUCCGAAGCAUCUGAAUACCAAAUGUGAAAGGUUUCUAGUUUAACACUUUAUAUUUAACACCUUAUAUUUGUAAUUAAAUAUACAAAACUGGAAUUCAUCUGAGCAGUGUUAAUUAACCCUUUUGUUGGCACAAAAAAAGAUAAAUAAUAAUUAUCUUUUGAAGUGUAACAGUUAAGUAAGUUUAGAUACCGCAAUAAAAAGCGUACUAGUCACUCGCACAUUUCCUCUUCAAUUAAAAUAAAGCUGUUAAACAUAUCAGUAGAUGGAGGAUCCCCUGCAAAGUUAGUAUGCCUUACUUAACGUCAUAAAGAGCCACAAAGUGCUUUCCACUAUUAAAAGAUAUUCUUAGGAGACUCUGUUACUGCAAUGGAC